AUGAAGAGAACAUCGCGAGGCGAGGAAAAGAAAUCGAAACGAAAGUCGGAGGCGGCGGCAGAGGAGGAGGAGGACGUGCCUCCUCUUCCUCCCAUGCCUCUCAGCUCGUCCCCGUGGGAUUUCCGACAAGCGGAAGUGAAAGAUGGAGGAGGCGGAGGGAAGAAGGAGAAGGAGGGAGAUCAAAGCAGCAAGAAGAAACAAUGGAAGGCUUGUCCCAACGGACAUCCUCUUACUUUCUUCCUCACGCCCCAUGACGAGUUUUUCUGCGACGCACACGAGUCUCAGUCGUUCCCCAAGGGCACAAGCAUGUUUGGGUGCCGAGUGUGCGACUGGGACGCUUGCGAGCAAUGCACGGCGACGUCGGUGAAGGACAGGCACAAAGAAACACAGAAGGCCUUCUCCGCGUCCUCGUCAGGAAUAGCGAUGGAGCUGAGCAAGGGGCCAAGUGGCCUGUGGAAAUGCGCAAGAGGCACCGACAAGUACAAGAACGAGCACAUGUAUCUGCGCCAUGAACAUAGCGGAGUUGUCAUCGAGCUUGUUCAAUUUUCCACUUGUCAGAUUCAAUUCAGAAAUCGACCAAGUCGGCCAGUGCUGUCCUGCACUCCCGCAGGCGAUUUGGUUCCUUUCAUGUUCACGUUGCCAAACUUAGAGAAGUUGCUGGCAAAGGGAGGGGGAAAGAAACUGCCUGAAAAAGUAGAGAUGGGAAACUGGACGGUUUAUUCUUUCGGAGAAGACGGGGCUGUGAUUUCGAAUGAGAUGAAGACUUCGAAACCCAAAGACUCCUCCAUCGUUGAGCAAGAAGACGGGACCGGGAUGGAAAUACACCUGUGCAAGAACGGAGAUUUCAUUUGGAUGGCUGGGGUAGCAAAAGAAGGAAAGGCAAUUCUGGUCCAACCUGAUAAGGAUCCCAGAGAAACUACCAAAGAAGAGGCUGCUAAGUUGCUCGGACUUGAUGCCUCGGAAGAUGAGGAAGAGGGCGAGGGGGAGGAGGGGGAGGAUGAGGAUGAGACAUGA